GGCGGCUAAGAUCUCUAUUAUGACCCGGGCAAGGCGCCGAAAGCUGUAUCGUAUGUACACACAACAGAAUCAUUCAAUAAAUUGAGGAGCACGACAGCGGAGACAGAAGUCCAUAAAUGUUAACAAUCCUUGGGAUAACGGCAAACCUACGCCGCAUAUGAUCUGUAAGGAGACACCUCGAUGCGCAGCCUUUCGCCCAUCAUCUCGCUCAUGCCAGCCCAUGCAUUACCUCGUGGCUCACGCAGACGUAAGGUCACUUCAAAUGCCGUUCCCCUCGUCCUCGUCAACGCCUCAAGUGCCGGACCGAAAGUUUCUAGGUCUCCCUCGAUAUCGAGCGCCUGGAGCUCUGGCAUGUCCAUCAGACGGUCGAUCAGGUCACUAUCCACAGGCUUCUCGUGCACGACGGGCCUGCCGUUUGGCCAUCUGUCGGCCAUGGGCUCCCAGAUGGCGAGUUUCUUCAGCCCGGGAAGGUCGUUUAGGACCUGACGCAGCUCGGAAGAGGUGAUUGUGACGUGCCGAAGUGUAAGCGAGCGUAGACAUGGCGCCCACGUCGAGCGGCGCACGAGCGCGCUCCAGGCGGUGGACGGCCAGACGACGUUACGGGGCUUUGGUGAGAGACCGGUAGAUGGAGGGGGCAAGGUUGCUAUGUCGCGACGCGUUGGGGCAUACAUCGAACCCUCGGUGACGACCUCUGUGGGCUCGAUGACCAGCUCCUCCAUGCCUUGGGGCAGGAUGAACGCGCUCAUCACCGUGCGUAGCAUC